AUGAUCAACUCCGUUGCUCUUCUGGCUCUUGCUAGCCCAGCCUUUGCUGGCGUCAUGCAGGCUCGUGGUGAGGACUUCAUCAAGCCCGCCACUCAGAGCGCUGCUGCCGUCGCUCCUCACCAGACUGAGGGCUGGAGCGAGAGCUGGUCGAAGCCCGCUGAGCACCCCUCGACCCAUGAGACUUGGACCAAGCCCGCUGAGCACCCCUCGACCCAUGAGACUUGGACCAAGCCCGCUGGCCACGCCUCCACCCAUGAGACUUGGACCAAGCCCGCUGGGCACCCCUCGACCCAUGAGACUUGGACCAAGCCCGCUGGCCACGCCUCCACCCAUGAGACUUGGACCAAGCCAGCCGAGCAUGCCUCGACUCCCGGGUCCUGGACCAAGCCGGCCGAGCACGUCUCGACUCACGAGUCUUGGACCCGUCCUACCGGCUCCUGGACCAAGUCUACUGAGUCGUGGACCACCCCAUGCACCACCUCGACCACCUUGAGCACCCCCACUCUCGCUCACCAAACCACCUUGAGCACCCCCACUCACGGUCACCACACCACUACCCCGGGUACUACCCCAUUGCCCACUACCUCCGGCAAGCCUCACACUCCCGUGAAUCCUGGCACCACCAAGACUCUCACUAUCGUGACCACCACCUGCCCUGUCACCUCGUCUGCCGUCACCUCUGGCACUAAGACCUGGGUUGUUCCCAUCACCAAAACCAACACCAUCACCAUCACCAAGACCACUGUCUGCCACCAGUGCGAUAACGAGAAGCCUGUGACCUUCCACAACGCUACUCAGCCCGCUGUCGAAGGCCCCACUGCCCCAGUUGUGAAGCCCACCGGCUGGGUUGUCCCUCCCCAAGAGCCCACCACUGCGCCUGUUGCACCCGGUCCUUCCAAUCCCGCUGUCCCCGUCCAGACUGAGCCCGCUCCUUCCAAGCCUGUCGAGACCAAGCCUGUCGAGACCAAGCCUGCUGAGACCAAGCCCGCUGAGACCAAGCCUGCUGAGACCAAGCCUGCUGAGACCAAGCCUGCUGAGACCAAGCCUGCUGAGACCAAGCCUGCUGAGACCAAGCCCGCAGAGACCGAGCCCGCUGUCCCUGCUCAGUCCCAGCCCGCCGUCCCUGUUGAGUCCCAGCCCGCCGUUCCUGCCGAGACCCAGCCCGCUGCUCCCGCUGAGACCCAGCCCGCUGCCCCUGCCGAGUCCCACCCCGCCGCCCCUGCUGAGACCCAGCCUGCCGCUCCUGCUGAGACCCACCCCGCUGCCCCCGCUGAGACUCAGCCCGCCGCCCCUGCCGAGACCCAGCCUGCCGCUCCUGCUGAGACCCAGCCCGCCGCUCCCGCUGAGACCCAGCCUGCCGCUCCUGCUGAGACCCAGCCCGCCGCCCCUGCUGAGACCCAGCCCGCCGCCCCUGCUGAGACCCAGCCCGCCGCCCCCGCUGAGACCCAGCCCGCCGCCCCCGCUGAGACCCAGCCCGCCGCCCCCGCUGAGACCCAGCCCGCCGCCCCCGCUGAGUCCAAGCCCGAUACCCCUGCUGAGUCCAAGCCCGAUACCCCCCAGGAGACCCAGCCCGCUGUCGAGCCUGCCACCUCCUCCAUCCCCUCUACCCCUGAGGAGCCUGCCUCCGUCCCCUCCGGCUCCUUCACCGGCGCUGCCUCCAACGUCAAGCCCGCUGCUGGCCUCCUUGCUGGUAUUGUCGGUCUCAUGGCUUUCCUGUAA